GAUGGGUGAUGUGAAUGGUGGUGGUAUUUAAGGUGAUUGCUCUGAAUGUCAGACACUAUGCUGUAUCCUUCCAGGGGACUUGGACGCCAUGGGAAUGUGAGCAGUACAAGCAGGUGGGAUGGCUAUGUUCAUUCCAUUUUUAGAGACAUGCUGCUGAUUCCACGCUUAAACAUCCUCUUCUCAAGAUGGGACUGCUGAAGAUUGUUUAAGGCUUGAGGAACUGAGGAGAUGUAUUUUCUUAUACAUCCCAGAGCUAAGUUUCAGUGAUUAACUGGGGUACGUAUAUAGGCAGAUACUGAUCAAAUUAUGGUCAAUUAAAUAACAAAUACCAGGAAAAUGUAAUCUAAAGAAUAUCAGAAAUGCUUACAUGCUACCUUUCAACAUAUUUUAAGCUACAGUAUAACUGUUUUAUUUUGUAGAAAAGAGUACUUAGAAGAAAUACCAACUUCCACAUGUUUUAGCACUGAUAACUUUUUUAACUAGUUCAGGCUCUAAGACUGAAUUAAGUCUCUCGUACAGGAAUUAUACUCUAGUAAUAGGCUGUAGAACCGGUUGUUACCCAGUCCAGCUACACGGAAAGAUAGCAGUUUCCUGAACAUUUUCAGGUGUGGCCUUCCUCAGAAAGUUCAUUGUACUGUAUUACACUUCCUUAAAAUAAUGUACAUUCAUACUGAAUAAACCUGUGUGACUUAGAUAACAUUGUGAAAUUAUCUCAUGGUACUGUCACUGUCAAUAUUGACUCGUAACUAGCCUUGAAUGAGGUGUUUUUUGAGAUGAAGAGAUUCUCAAUGGUUGAUAUCAAACAAUCUUUAGAGGGUUCAAAGAUACAUUGAACCACUGUAUAUCAGUAAUCCCAUUGUCCCAAAGUUCUGUUUCCUGGGAGUGUACAGCCAUAAAUGAUGAUUCAUUUCUCGUGUCAACAGAGCACUAUCACAAUGAUAUGAUUCAUUGCUUGCAUCAGCUUAGUGGACAUACUUUCAUUUCAGCGGCAGAAAAGCAUUUCCAGGAAUACUUAGGUUAAAAUGGUUGGAUUUCCAAACGACCUUGAAACUCUACACAGGCUCUGCCUAACCAGCAUUAGAUCCAUUCAUUUAUAACAACAUUUUGGAGGUUUGUAUUCCAUUUUGUUUUUGUUUCCUUACUUAAACUUGUGCCAUUUUAUUAAAAUAUGUCUGUUUAAAAUUACAUAUUGUACUACUAAUGCAAAUGCCGUAUGAUUCAUCACUGUUUCCGAUCAACUUCACUUGCCUCUUGCUCAAUGUUCCAAUGAAAGAAGCAGGUCUAAUCAUCACUGCGUUUCUUGAGAAAAAGGGAAGGUGACUCAACAUCUAAGUAUCUUAAAUCCACUUCUAUUGUUUAUCACAGAGGUCUUAUUAAUGAUAUACAAGUUUAUUUUGGAUUUAUUUGAUUAAAAUAAGGACAGUAUACUCACAGUAGUUGAAAAGAGUAUUGAUGAUGAACCAUGUUGGAUAAAUGAGCAUUCAAAUUUCUUUCGCGGCUCCUGAGGACCAACCUUUAAGUGCUAUACUAUGAGAACUGAAUUCCAUAGAUGGUGGCGUGUUCAGGUGUCAUCUAUGGGCUCAGUUCUUUUGGUAUGGUACUAGUUUUCAGCCUUACUGCACAGCACGCUAUAGAGCAGAAAUCCUGAACAACAGAAAGCAUAUGAAAUCAUGUGUGUUUUAAAGUCGUUACAAAAUACACAGAGUGUGUAUUGGGUUUGAUACGCAUCACUUCUGUAUGUAUGAUUGUAUUCAUUGUUACUUUUCUAAUGGUAUACUUCACCAGGAAUACAAAUGAACAUGUUUGUAAAUUACUGAUCACAGAUUAUCAAUUGUUUAUUGUUAAUAAAGUCAAAUAAGUUAAAUGAUUUGAGUCUGUAAUUUAUUUACUCUCUGUAAUGUAUUGAUGUUUUGUUUCAAUUUUAAAUCCUGCAACAUUUAAAUAACACAAAACCAAGCAUGAGAGCAUUUAAGGACAAUUUUUAAUCAGACCAUGCCACAUCAAAGCCAUACAUGUGACUCUUUUACACAGCUUAUCCCAGCUCCAGUUCCAUUAAAAGGGAGCCAUGGUGAUGGAAAUCAGUAAGAUUAGCUAUAAACAAUAUGAUAUAGAGUCAACAUGCUUUUCAAUUAAUAUAAAAUGGGACUCUUACAUAAUUACUAAAGACAGUAUAAUAUACAAAACAGUAUGGGGUUUGAGUACUUUUGAGACUUUUAUAGGUCCCACUUAUAGUUACACUGUCAAAAAUGAAAAUGAAAAACAUAUACCGGUAUAUUUUUUCAAUUGUAUUUGUAUUUGAACAUUACUUUUUGGGCGAUAAAACCUCUUGGGCUAGAGUUGAGAACGUUUUACUUCAAGAUAUAGCUAGUUUUACAUAAAUAAAGAAUAUCAAUACUUUUUCAAACACUUUAAAUACCCAUUUGGCCUCUGGAGAACUUUAAAGCCCAACCCUAAAAUCAUAUCUGCUUACUGUUUGAUCGAAAGUGUUUCAGCCAAUCAAGAUGUUCAACAAAUCCAUACAAACCGUAAAACCCAUUUUGAUUCGCCAUUAGUAGCUGUCAAUCAACUACGUCACGAUCGUCAUUCAACCAAUGGGGAGGUGGUUUGUGUAUAGGAUGCGCAACAGGCUGUAUCCCUGCUGUGCGCUCAGCGGUUUGAGUUUAAAAUCGUUUUGUUCCGUCGGUAAACAUUAGUUUUGUGAAGCCUUUAUUAUUUAGGGUGGUGUUGUUUAUGUUGAACUAGGCGUAAAUAGCAGCAUAUAACUGCAUACUCUUUGUUGUGUAUAGAAAACACAGAUUUGUUCCGAGUCCGUGGCAUGGAUGAGGUACGGCCUACCAGUGGGGCUCCAGCCCACGGAAUGGUGCCGAUGUUUCCCCCUGGACUGCAGGCUAUCUACGGGGAAUGCCGGAGACUUUACCCCGAGCAAGCCAACCCGCUGCAAGUGACUGCCAUUGUAAAAUAUUGGUUAGGUGGACCGGACCCGUUAGACUACAUCAGUAUGUAUCGGAGUGCAGGCUGUCCAGCACAGGACAUCCAGGAGCAUUGGCACUAUGUCAGCUUUGGACUCAGUGACCUGUACGGGGAUAAUCGGGUUCACGAAUUCACAGGAGCAGACGGGCCCAGUGGGUUUGGUUUUGAGCUCACUUUUAGACUCAAAAGAGAGACGGGAGAGACGGCACCGCCGACCUGGCCUGCUGAACUGAUGCAAGGGUUGGCCCGCUAUGUGUUCCAGUCAGAAAACACAUUUUGUAGUGGCGACCACAUAUCGUGGCACAGUCCACUAGACAACAGUGAAUCUCGUAUCCAGCAUAUGUUGCUUACAGAGGACCCACAGAUGCAACCAGUUCUGACUCCGUUUGGCACAGUGAGCUUUCUCCAGAUUGUGGGUGUCUGCACGGAGGAGCUACAGGCGGCCCAGCAGUGGAACGGCCAAGGUAUCCUGGAGCUGAUGAGGGGAGUCAGAGUAGCCGGUGGCCCCUGGCUCAUCACAGACAUGAGGAGAGGGGAGACCAUUUUUGACAUUGAUCCACACCUACAACAGGAGAGGGUGGACCAGGGUAUUGAAACGGAGGGCUCUAACCUGAGUGGGGUCAGCGCCAAGUGUGUGUGGGACGAUCUGAGUCGACCGCCAGAGGACGAAGAGGACAGCCGAUCCAUCUGUAUUGGAUCACAGCCCCGGAGGCUCUCAGAAAAAGACACAGAGCAGAUCAGGGAGACCCUGAGAAAAGGCCUGGAGUUCAACACCAAGGCAGCGCUACCACCUAUCAGCAGCCAGAGACAGAGCCACGACAGACCUCAGAGUCGGAAGGACAGUUUGGAGAGCGAGAGUUCAGCAGCCAUCGUUCCUCAUGAGUUGGUCCGAACACGACAGUUGGAGAGCAUCCAUCUGAAAUUCAACCAAGAAUCGGGCACACUGCUGCCCCUCUGCCUGCGGGGCCGGUUGCUCCAUGGGAGACACUUCACGUACAAAAGCAUCAACGGAGACACAGCCAUCACAUUUGUGUCAACUGGAGUUGAAGGAGCUUUUGCUACGGAAGAGCAUCCUUAUGCUGCUCAUGGCCCCUGGCUUCAGAUAUUGUUGACUGAAGAGUUUGUGGAGCAGAUGCUGGGGGAUUUACAGGAACUUAACACUCGUGAGGAGACAAAGUUACCAAAGGAGUACAGUUGGCCAGAAAAGAAACUGAAGAUCUCUGUCCUACCAGACUCUGUGUUUGAUAAUCCACUGCAGUGAGACAGAGACGCGUCAUCACUAGAAACACCAGCAGACACACACUGCAGAGGGUCCAUCAUGAACAGGAGACCUCACAGACCAUGCAGCGACCCUGAGCUGUCAGAAAUGUUGUUCCCCUGUGGACGGCCAGAGACUGAAAAUGAUCUGAGGGAGGAUCUAAACCCUUUUGCCUUUCUGCAUUCUCAGACUAGCCUUACAGUUGACAACAUUUCUCUUAGGCUUGAAUACUUUUGAGAAUGUCAAACCCGCCGGUCCAGAUGGUUGAACUUUGAGAACAAUCAUUAUAGGUGACACACUAGCUGUAGGGCAAAAACAGGAUGAUGUUCCCCCAGUAAGGCCUGCCACAUCUGAGGUCCAAAAUAAAUGUCACAAAUACAGUUGAUACCGCUACCUGUGAUCACCAGACAUGCUGUCUCAGGGGAUAUCUGUUACAGUUUUAUUUAUUCCAUUUGCCUUUAGAAAGGAAGGAAAAUUCACAUGUUUGAACAAUCUUAUCAGUGUUUCCUUUAACUGAGCUCGUGUGUAUAGUAUUGACAAAUGCUGGCCAUUUUUCUCUUAUGUGUUUGUGGACAUACCAAAGUUGUAUCUGUUGGCAACUGCUGCCAAUACUGUCUGUGUCAAAUGUGUCAUGAUUUCUUAAUAACAUGGUGGACUGAACUAAGAUUAACUAAAAUUCCCUGCCUGUGACUUCCCGGCACAGGGGAUCUUUUUUAUCUCACAUAUUAUGCAUUAAAAAAAACAAAUACAUCAAGUCUGUUGUAAAUGUUCAAUUAUCAGGAAUCCGUUGUCACUGUCUUCUCAAGUGUUGUCUACAGUAGCCACAUAAAUAUUUUGUUGUUUUUUGUUGUUGUAAGUAGGACCUGCUUGAAAUUGAGAAAAUUCCUCAGUGCCUUGUGUUGAAAAUGACCACAUGUACUCUGUUGACCUUUAAUGCUGCCUACACUUAGAUUGUUAAAGACAGUCAUUUUCAAUCAAGACUGCUGCGUUCAGUCUUUUGAGGUUCAUUGCAUUCCAUUUCAACACUAAAACAGAGAAAAGACUACUUUUACUGAACAACUACUAUUAUACAACAUGUCAUGGCAUCUUGUUUUUGUUUCCUUUUUUUUCAGAGUGAAAAAUGUAAAGUUUAGACAUUUUUGAUAUGGUAUUUUGUAAUUACUAUCUCAUGACUGAACUGCCUGAUUGUAAUCCCAAGUGCAUUAAAGUGAGUAGGUAUUUACACAAAUAAAGCUGGAACACUAAUGCAGAAUUACA